AUGAACGAAGUUAGGAUCUGUUUACCAACAAAGUUGACUGUCAAUGAAAGAAUCUCUGUUUUUAAAGUCACACUUGACGAAUAUUUACGUGAUAGAUCUUAUACCAUAUGUAUUGCACUACAUAGGGAUUACUGCAUGCAAAGGAAAUUCGAAAAGCACUAUUCAUCAGCAAGGCUAUUUGGAAUUUCAUUAGAACUAUUAACCGAUGAUCUUCAACCUAUGCCCGUUACGGUCGAACGGUGUAUUAAAGAUGUCGAACUUCGAGGUCUGGAGGUACCCGGUAUUUAUAGGAAGUCUCCUAAUAUGGAAAGCAUUACUGCUUUAUGUAAUGCACUUGAGCAAGAGAUAGACUGCGCUAAUAAGCGUACCAUGACACUUAAUUCAUUAAUUGAAUCACUGCCGAAGGCCAACUUAUGCAUACUUGAUAGAAUGAUUGUCCAUCUAGCUCGGAUUGCCAUCUGCGAAAAAAAUUUCAUGACUACUUCUAGUUUAGCUAUAAUAUUUGCUCCAAAUUUACUACGAUCGAAAAAUAGUGACAAAGAAGAUGAAUUCCGAGAUAUUUCGAAGAAAACAAUUAUUCUUGAAACACUUCUAUCAGAUUGUGAAGUAAAGCUGAAAACGGAAUAUGGUUGUUAA